GAAAUGUGGGACAUGUGGAUUUGGGAUAUGAAUUCAUUUGAAAAACCACUUUGGGGUUAUGAACGUGAUUUCUGAUGAAACUGGAUUGGAAUAAUUUUCAUGACCUUUGUAUAUUUAUAUAUAUAUAUUUUAAAAUUUUGCAUUUGACUUAAGUGCCAUGAGAAAAUUUGCAUAUUGCAAGGUGGUCCUAGCCACCUCCUUGAUUUGGGUACUCUUGGAUAUGUUCCUGCUGCUUUACUUCAGUGAAUGCAACAAAUGUGAUGAAAAAAAGGAGCGAGGACUUCCUGCUGGGGAUGUUCUAGAGCCAAUACAAAAGCCUCAUGAAGGUCCUGGAGAAAUGGGGAAACCAGUCGUCAUUCCUAAAGAGGAUCAAGAAAAGAUGAAAGAGAUGUUUAAAAUCAAUCAGUUCAAUUUAAUGGCGAGUGAGAUGAUCGCACUCAACAGAUCUUUACCAGAUGUCAGGUUAGAAGGGUGUAAAACAAAGGUGUAUCCAGAUAAUCUUCCUACAACCAGUGUGGUGAUUGUUUUCCACAAUGAGGCUUGGAGCACACUUCUGCGAACUGUCCAUAGUGUCAUUAAUCGCUCACCAAGACACAUGCUAGAAGAAAUUGUUCUAGUAGAUGAUGCCAGUGAAAGAGACUUUUUAAAAAGACCUCUGGAGAGUUACGUGAAAAAAUUAAAAGUACCAGUUCAUGUAAUUCGAAUGGAACAACGUUCUGGCUUGAUCAGAGCUAGAUUAAAAGGAGCUGCUGUGUCUAAAGGCCAAGUGAUCACCUUCUUAGAUGCUCACUGUGAAUGUACAGUGGGAUGGCUGGAGCCUCUCUUAGCCAGAAUCAAACAUGACAGGAAAACAGUGGUCUGUCCUAUCAUUGAUGUGAUCAGUGAUGAUACUUUUGAGUACAUGGCAGGCUCUGAUAUGACCUAUGGUGGCUUCAACUGGAAGCUUAAUUUCCGCUGGUAUCCAGUUCCCCAAAGAGAGAUGGACCGAAGGAAAGGUGAUCGGACUCUUCCUGUCAGAACACCUACAAUGGCAGGAGGCCUUUUUUCAAUAGACAGAGAUUACUUUCAGGAGAUUGGAACAUACGAUGCUGGAAUGGAUAUUUGGGGAGGAGAAAACCUAGAAAUUUCCUUUAGGAUCUGGCAAUGUGGAGGGACUUUAGAGAUCGUCACCUGCUCACAUGUUGGACAUGUGUUUCGGAAAGCCACACCUUACACGUUUCCAGGAGGCACAGGACAGAUUAUCAAUAAAAAUAACAGACGACUUGCAGAAGUGUGGAUGGAUGAGUUCAAGAAUUUCUUCUAUAUAAUUUCUCCAGGUGUUACAAAAGUAGAUUAUGGAGAUAUAUCAUCAAGACUUGGUUUAAGACACAAACUACAAUGCAAACCUUUCUCCUGGUACCUAGAGAAUAUUUAUCCUGAUUCCCAGAUUCCACGUCACUAUUUCUCUUUGGGAGAGAUACGAAAUGUGGAAACAAAUCAGUGUCUAGAUAACAUGGCCAGAAAAGAGAAUGAAAAAGUUGGAAUUUUUAACUGUCAUGGUAUGGGAGGUAACCAGGUUUUCUCUUAUACUGCCAACAAAGAAAUUAGAACAGAUGACCUUUGCUUGGAUGUCUCUAAACUUAAUGGCCCAGUCACAAUGCUCAAAUGCCACCACCUAAAAGGCAACCAACUUUGGGAGUAUGAUCCAGUGAAAUUAACCCUGCAGCAUGUGAACAGUAAUCAGUGCCUGGAUAAAGCCACAGAAGAGGAUAGCCAGGUGCCCAGCAUAAGAGACUGCAAUGGAAGCCGGUCCCAGCAGUGGCUUCUUCGAAAUGUCACCCUUCCAGAAAUAUUCUGAGACCAAAUUUACAAAAAAAAAAAGAAAAAAAGGAAAAAAAAAAAAAAAGAAAGAAAGAAAAGAAAAAAGAAAAAAAAUGAUUGACUGGGCUACCUCAGCAUACAUUUCUGCCACAUUCUUAAGUAGCAAAAAAGGAAAAGUGCUUUCCUCCUCUGGGGAUGUAAGGUUUAUCAGCCAUUAAAACUUAGACUCCUCUCGCUUUUCACUAGCUGUGAACCAGCCUUCUUGUCCAAAGGACGUGAAACUACAUAGUAGCGAGACUGUGCACACUGAUGUUUACAAGAUUGAAAGAGUCAUAAGAGUCAUCAAGAAUCACGGUAAAGAAUAUUCAGACAAUGAUGCAAUCAACACAAUGUGCUUUCCGGAGCUGCCCCUCCUAUGGUUUGCUUGCACGUCAGUAACUGCUGCUGAACGUGCGAUCCUAAUGAAGAGAUUUCCAAGAUUUUUUUUCUGAUUAGAACUGGUAACCAGUAUAUUAAAUAUUGAUAUAAAAAUAAGUGAAAAAGAACUGGAACCAGUUUCAGAAUCAUGAAAACAACAUUUUUACAAUUUAAGAAGAAAACUAUAUUAAACAGGGUUUAAAGGAAAUUAAAACAGAACUAUGAGAAGUACAAUUUGUUAUAGUAUAGUAUCAAAUUUCUAUAUAGAUUUUAUACCUCAGUGGGGAAAAAUAACUGAUUCCAAUGACAUUCAUUUUCAUCUGUGAUAGUCAUGGAUGCUUUUUUUUUUUUCCUUGGGGUGCUGAAAUUGAGCUGAAAAAAAAAAUGGCUCUUUGAACAUAGUUUUAAUUGCUUUCUUCAAUUUUUUAUUUGGUUUAUGGGCUGUUGGAAUUGUAAUUUUUAAUUGCCUUCAAAGAAUGAAGAUUUAACAUAAUGUCUGGUCUCACUGAACACGUUAGAUCUCUCAGUUGCUCUUGGGUCAACUGGCUUAUAGACUUUCACAUACAAAUUUCUUAUUAGAUCUUGAACUUCUUAACUUGAUUCAGCUGAUUAUGCUUAAUACCCAAGAUUCAUACUACUGUACUACAGAUUUAUUUUCACAGCAAUAAAUCUUCAGUUCUUUAUGAUUCCACUCAACAAAAGGCCUGCAGAAGUGAUUAUUUGGAUAUUUAGAGAGGAUACAAUGGAUGUUUUUUUGGAAAACUUUUUUCACUCCAUACUCAGAUGUGCUUUAUUGUCAAGUACAUAUUUAGAUUAGGUUCUUGAAUUGUAAUGGUGAUCUGCUGCCCUUUUUUUUUUUUUUUUUUUUUUUUUAAUAAAAUUUGACUGAAAAUGUUUGACCUUGUUUUAAUGAGUUAACCGAAGAACUGCAGCUACUGCUCCACAUUAGUCCUGCAUUUCUUCCAUUUAGGUUAAAUUCAUUUUAUUUUUUUCUGAUUUUAAAUACCACAAAAUAACUUCAGAAUCAAUUAAAAGUUGAGUUAAUUUGAUAAAAGAUCUCAUUGUGACAUGUUUUCUGAUAUGUAAAGCAGUUCAUUGGCAAAAGUAUAUUUCCUUAUUUGUAAGGCUAUAUUUAGUGACAUUCUUUUCUUUGAUUAUCAAGGACUCUCACUGCAGGCAGUGCUAUUUGUUGUGCCUAAGAAUGUUUCUGAAAGUUCUGUCACUAAUACUACUUGUGAAGUUGAGUGCACGGAAAGUUUCUCAUCUCCUAUUCAAGUUAAUCGGUAUCAAGAAUAUGAAGCACAUGUGGAGGCUUUAGGGUGAGACUCUAGUACAGAAUGCAGAAAUUUUGUCCCCAGGAAAUUUGCAGUGAAGUAGGUGCUGGAUUAGUUCCCCCUCCCCCGGCCCGCCCCACUCCAUGAGCUCUGUUAAUUCUGUCUUCAGUAGGCCUCUAUGUUUGAAUAAACCAGAUGUCUAAUAAAUUA